AUGGUCGAAGGAUUGCCAGCUAUUCCUGUCACUUCAAAUCUGGAAGCUACUCCCGAAAUGGAGUUGGCCAAACAAUAUAAUGUCUCAAAGAGUUUGUUCGGGGCGUUGUUCAAUACCAAAGAUCGUCAAUUUGUGCUAAAGUUAGAAAGCUCGCUAUUAGACUUCAUUGAAUCAAAUGUCAACUCUUACAAAUUGAGUCCUAUGAAUUCAUAUUUCAGAUUAUUGACACAUCAAAUCGCUGAAUAUCAUGGACUUAGACACAUAUUAUCUAAUGACGGAGCUUCCGUCGUUGUUUUCAAAACAUUCACUCCUCCAAAUCAAUUGAAUAUCACUGGUGAUGAAGAUAAAUUAAUAGCCGGGGAAGAUGCCGCUCAAGAAGCUAAUAAAAGCGAAGGCUCCGAAGAUGAAAGCAAGAAAAAAGAAGUCUCUAAUAAGGAAGAUGGGACUGAAAAAAUUGAAAAAAGCGCACCUAAACCAAGAUUAGCGGACAUUCCAAUUCCUAAUGGUGUCUUGAGUAAAAAAAUUCAUCCAGGUUACAAGAAUCAAAAUAAUUAUACAUAUCAAAGAAAUGCCAAUGGCACAUACAGAAACAAUCAACAGAUCUAUGUCAAUGGAUAUAAUAGAUAUUACAAUGAAAAGGCCAUGGAUGCUUCACCAGAAGACCAGGCCGAUGAGCAAAAUUCUGAUACAAUUAAUUCACAGGUCAAUUCAAGUAGCAGUCUGAUAAACUUACAAAAUGUGAAAAUUAUGAAAAGAAAUGGUCAAGAAAAGUAUAUUGCCAACGAUAAAAAUGGUGAAAGUAAAGAAAUGUCAGAUCUUAACAGUAGUGUGGAAGAAUUAAGUUUGAACCUGGACAAAACUGCCGACUCCAAAAUAACAGAACUUCAGCAUGAAAGAGCUUCCAAGGAAGAGCUAUACAAAAAAGCCAAAGAAAGAAUAUAUAGUGAACAGAAUGACGAAGGUGAUCAAGCUGAAGACGGAGAAGAAGAUGGAGAAGGAGACGAAGAAGAAGAGGGGGAUAAUUCAGACCAGAAGCAGAAUACCUUUAAACCAGAAUAUAAAAAGCAAUAUCAACCUAGACAUUAUAAUAGCAGGAACUAUUAUCAUAAUAACCACUAUCAAAAAUACAACCAAGGAUAUAAUGGGUACAUUGACAACAAAAAUAAUUUCAAUAACUAUAUGCCUCAAAGACCAAUGAUGAAUGCACCAAUGUAUCCACAAAUGUCACCUCCUUCACAACAUUCUCCAUAUUUACCUAAUCAACAGCUACCAAUGAAUGCCUAUUAUGCAAGCAUGGCAACUCAAGGCCAUCUUCCUCCUCCUCAUCCAUCUCACCCUCAAUUUAUGGGACAACCAAUGAAGUACCAAUAUUCCCAGCCUCCUCCACAAAUGUAUUCUCCAAUUCCCCCAAAUAUGGCAUAUUAUGGUGGCGGCCCAGUGAUGAUGAAUAAUAACCAGGGUCGUAGGUUCAAUAAAAAUUCUAGAAACUACAACAAUAACAAUGGUCUGGGAAAUGGUUUUAAUAAUAGCGAUAAAGUCGAUGAUGGAAACAAAAAAUGA